CGGCGGGGCCUGGCGGCGCAGCGGCGAUCGGGGCGCGGCGGGGCCGGAGCGUUCUGUGAGGGCCGGGCACGGUGGGCGCACGGAGCGGUCGCGAUGAGGCUUCUGCUGCUGGCGCUGGUAGCGCUUGGUGCCGCCAGGGCGGACGAGGAGGAGAAGAAGGAGGACGUGGGCACGGUGGUGGGCAUCGACCUGGGCACCACCUACUCCUGCGUGGGCGUCUUCAAGAACGGGCGCGUGGAAAUCAUCGCCAAUGACCAGGGGAACCGCAUCACUCCGUCCUACGUGGCGUUCACCCCCGAGGGAGAGCGUCUGAUCGGCGAUGCCGCCAAGAACCAGCUCACGUCUAACCCCGAGAACACUGUGUUUGAUGCCAAGCGGCUCAUCGGCCGCACCUGGAACGACCCCUCUGUGCAGCAGGACAUCAAGUACCUGCCCUUCAAGGUGGUUGAGAAGAAAGCCAAACCCCACAUUCAGGUCGAUGUUGGAGGGGGACAGACAAAAACAUUUGCUCCUGAAGAAAUUUCUGCGAUGGUCCUGACAAAGAUGAAGGAAACUGCAGAGGCUUACCUGGGGAAGAAAGUGACCCAUGCAGUGGUGACAGUGCCAGCCUACUUCAACGAUGCCCAGCGCCAGGCGACCAAGGACGCCGGGACCAUCGCGGGGCUCAACGUGAUGCGCAUCAUCAACGAGCCAACAGCUGCUGCCAUUGCCUAUGGGCUGGACAAGAGGGAGGGAGAGAAGAACAUCCUCGUGUUUGACCUGGGCGGUGGCACUUUCGAUGUCUCCCUCCUCACAAUCGACAAUGGAGUCUUUGAAGUUGUGGCUACCAACGGUGACACUCACCUGGGUGGAGAAGACUUUGACCAGCGUGUUAUGGAGCAUUUCAUCAAACUCUACAAGAAGAAAACUGGCAAAGAUGUGAGGAAGGACAACAGAGCUGUGCAGAAGCUGAGGAGGGAGGUGGAGAAGGCCAAGCGAGCCCUGUCAUCUCAGCACCAGGCCAGGAUUGAAAUAGAGUCCUUCUUUGAGGGAGAGGAUUUCUCGGAGACGCUCACCCGAGCCAAGUUUGAGGAGCUGAACAUGGAUCUGUUCCGUUCCACCAUGAAGCCUGUUCAGAAAGUUCUGGAAGAUUCUGACCUGAAGAAGUCUGACAUUGAUGAGAUUGUCCUUGUUGGUGGAUCAACUCGCAUCCCCAAAAUCCAGCAGCUCGUUAAAGAGUUCUUCAAUGGGAAGGAACCUUCUCGUGGCAUUAACCCAGACGAGGCUGUAGCCUAUGGAGCGGCUGUCCAGGCUGGAGUGCUCUCUGGAGACCAGGACACAGGUGACUUGGUGCUGCUCGAUGUCUGUCCCCUGACACUUGGCAUUGAGACUGUCGGAGGCGUCAUGACCAAGCUGAUCCCAAGAAACACUGUUGUUCCCACAAAGAAGUCCCAGAUCUUCUCCACAGCUUCUGACAACCAGCCAACUGUGACCAUCAAGGUCUACGAAGGUGAGCGUCCCCUCACCAAGGACAACCAUCUCCUGGGAACGUUCGACCUCACGGGGAUCCCUCCUGCCCCCCGCGGCGUCCCCCAGAUCGAGGUCACCUUUGAAAUAGACGUGAACGGGAUCCUGCGGGUCACGGCCGAGGACAAGGGCACCGGGAACAAGAACAAGAUCACCAUCACCAACGACCAGAACCGGCUGACGCCCGAGGAGAUCGAGAGGAUGGUGAACGAUGCUGAGAAGUUUGCUGAGGAGGACAAGAAGCUCAAGGAACGCAUCGAUGCCCGGAACGAGCUGGAAAGCUAUGCCUAUUCCCUAAAGAACCAGAUCGGGGACAAGGAGAAGCUGGGUGGGAAGCUGUCCUCUGAGGACAAGGAAACUAUAGAGAAGGCAGUGGAGGAAAAGAUCGAGUGGCUGGAGAGCCAUCAGGAUGGAGACAUCGAAGACUUCAAGGCCCAGAAGAAGGAGCUGGAGGAGGUGGUGCAGCCCAUCGUCAGCAAGCUGUACGGCAGCGCGGGGCCGCCCCCGGGCGAGGAGGAGGCGGCGGAGAAGGACGAGUUGUAGAUACGGCGUCCCCGAAUGUGGUGUGUGUAUAUAUUGGACUCAGGAACAUUGUUUAAAAUAUUGAACUCUUUAAUUUGGAAUGUAACUCUGAAUCUUCACUCGAGAGUGGAGCUGGAACCGCUAGCCCGACGUGGCUGUAUCCUGCUUUUCGUUAGCAGUCGCUCGAUGUCCGGGGAGGGAGCAGGGGGGGAGUGUACAUGGGGGUUUAGAAGUAUUGGCAGUGGAACGUUCUAUUUAACAACUUGGUCAUGUGAACUUGGUGUAGAGCUUUUCUACCUGGAGUGACCACAAUAAAUUUGUUAUUUACACUGGA